GUUGUUUUGUGGAGAAUGACUAAUUUGCCAGUGUUAAUUAUACACAGGAAGACCAAAACCACAACAAAGUGCAUUUUAGCGUAAAAACGGCGGUCGAAGUGUGUGUAAAACAGCAGCUGCAGCAGCAAAAUGAAGAAACAAUUUGCGAAAAUCAAAAUUGCGGCUGAAAAUCAUCUAUCCAGAUCAACUAAAUCGGAUUGCAAAGACUCUGAGCUCGAGACAAUUGAGAAGCAAGUCGACAGAUACCGUGAUACGAUUGAGAAAAUCGUGCGUAAGCUACCAGCACUAAGCAGCGGAAGCAGCAGCAGCAGCAGCGGCAGCAGCAAUGGCACCGUUACCAUUGAGGAGCAUGAAAAGCGCAUUAAGAAGAACAGUCACUACAAAAUUGCACAGGCGCUGGAUGAGUCCGCAAAAGAGUUGCCCAAGGAUAUGCCGCUGCAGAAGGUGCUAGCCAAUUGUGGCGAGCUGGAGAAGACAAUUGCCGAGUGCAGCAUCGAGAGUGAGCUGGAAACAGAGACCAAAGUUGUGCGACGUUUGAAAAACAUUUUGGAUAAAGAAAUACAAGAGAUCUCAACUUUGAAGCGUAAUGUCUCGCGCACAUUACAGGAAUACACCUCACUGAAACGCAGCCAUGAGGCGGCCAUACGUUUGGACGAGCCGGCGGCAAAGGUGAAUCACAUCAAGGGACAGCAGGAGGAGUGCGAACUGAAGCUGGAAAAGGAGCGCGAUGCGUGGGCAGCACAAAUGCUGGAGCUAAUAGCCAAAGAAGAUGAAAUUGUCAACUGCAUACGCGACUAUGUGCUGAACCAAAGAAACUAUCACGAGCGUGCGCUGAAGCAUGUGAAUGAAUCGCUGGCGCGCAUACAGGACACCAUACAGGGCACAGAGAAGUCGCGCUUUGGCACCUCGCUGAAGGAGCAUCUGACGUCGACGCAUCGUGAUAUCUCUUACAUCAUAGAGUUGUGCUGCUGCUGCCUGCUGGAGCAUGGACUGGAGGAGGAGGGUCUGCUGCGUGUUGGCUGCGCCAGCACCAAGCUGCGACGCAUGAAGCAUGCGCUGGAGGCGCAGCAUGUGAAGACGCCGCUGCCGCUGGAGUAUCAAGAUCCACAUGUCAUUGGCUCCAUACUGAAGCUUUAUCUGCGCGAGCUGCCCGAGCCGCUGCUCACCUAUGCGCUCUAUAAAGAUUUCAUACGCAUUGCGGAGCGUCACACUGAGGCGGAGCGCAAAACCGAGAUCAAGGCCAUACUGAGCAAGCUGCCCAAGGAAAACUACGCUAAUCUGCGUUACCUUACGCGCUUUUUGGCUUUGCUGCAGCAGCGCGCUGUGCACAACAAAAUGAGCUCCCAGAACUUGGCUAUUGUUAUGUCGCCCAAUAUGCUUUGGCCACGUGUGGACAAGAGCAGCAAUGCGCCUGCUGAUUACAUAGGUCAGGUCAACAGCAGCUCAGCUGCCAAUAUUAUUGUUGAGCUGCUCAUCAGUCAGUGGGAUUACUUCUUUGAAGGCGAUGUGGAGUUUUAUUUAACGCUGCAGCGUCAGAAAUUAUUCGUUGAAGGCAAAAGCAAGUCGAAUUCAUCUAAUGAGCAUUUGGACAAGCAUGACAAUGAGGUUAUGGAAAGUCCGCGCUAUGGCACGCUGCGGCGCCAGAAAGCAAAUGCGCCUUCGCCGCCUGUUAAAAGCGAGGUGACCACCAAUGGCAGCAGCAGCGCUGUGGCUAAUGAUACACACACACACUCGCAAACGCAGCGACCGCAUGCCAAGGAACUAUUUCCACAGCCGGACAAGCAAGAGAAGCCUGCAAAGCCGCCGCUGCCUAAUCUGGCGCAGUUCCAGCAGCUGACGCAAUCCACUGGCAGUUUGUCAUCAACUACACAGCUGGAGGCGCUGCCGCCGCCGCCCGUAACACCUGCUAAGCCGGUGCCCAUGACGCGCACACAAUUCUUUGGCCUUGACAAUUUGCCAUCGCCAACGUCAGAUCGCAAGAGCAUUGACAGCAUUGGCAGCUUCAGACUCAAACCGGAUUUGCCGCAGAAGCCGCAGCUGCCCAAGCGGCCCAUAGUGCUGCCGCUGUCAGGUGCUGCUCACACUAAAGGCGAUAGCAAGAGUGAUGAUGAAGCUAUAACGCCCACGCAGUCAAGCAUUGACAAUGGCAAUGGCAGCGUGCGCUAUACAACGGCAAAGUUUUUGGAAAAACUUAAGCAGGACAAUUGUGAUACAAAUGGCACACGCGAUGAAGUUGUAACAACAACAACAACUAUAACAACAGCGCCAGCAACAGCAACAGUUGCAGCAAAGGAGCAUAACCAUAACCAGGAGCAGCCAGCAACAGAGUCAGCCAACAACACACAGAAGGAGCAGCAGCAGCAAACACCAACCUCACCCAUAUCGCCAAACUCAUUUCACACGCCCAAAAGACCAACAGUGCCGGCUCCACCGCCGCCCACAAUACGCAAGCAGCAGGCGGAUUAAGUUAGUUAGCAGUGGCAUUGGCGCUUUCUUUAAUUAAUCGCAAGACUUGAACGCACAGUAAAUUAGUUAAAUGUUGCUUUUUGCUUUAAUUGUUGCUGCUGCAACUUAACAAAAAGCAAAUAUAUAUGAUAGGCAUGUGAAUAGCGAGCGAAAGCAACUUAAUACUGUAUUCUGCAUUUGUAUUCUUUGCAAUUAAAACUUAAAUUGUAUAAUUUUUUAUAUUUUUUC